AUGGUAAAUAUCAGCACACUGAAAACGACGCCGGCGGCACACGCGCCUGUGCAUCCGCUCGGCUAUGGACCGCUGCAUGGGCCUCGCAGGAACGAGCAUAUCGUUGUUGUGCUAGGUGUCGGACCUGGACUUGGACUUAGCAUUGCCUCGGUUUUUGCCGCGCAGGGCUAUACGACUGCGAUCCUAUCUCGUUCCAAGGAACGGCUCGAUCAGUGGGCGCAAGAGCUCGAUACGGUAGCGCGUGCACGGCUCGAGCAAGACGGGGAGUGUCCUGCAAAAGACGAGCCGCUCUCGCUUGCAUUUGCUUGCGAUAUGCUCGAGCAAAGCACGAUCCACGGCGCUAUGCAAGCGAUCCAGAAUGCAUGGCCUAAGCGCUACAUAGGUACGUGUGCGUACAACGGAAGUAUACGCAAGCGCGGCCCGUUUUUGGAUAUUCCAUUCCACAAGAUCGAGGAAAGCGUAGCAGCGAGCAUCUUUGCAUUCUUUACAUUUGCACAGCUUACACUGCGUGCGAUGGACAAGCAUGGCAUGGGCGGCUCGCUCCUUGUCACAGGAGCGAGCAGCAGCACGCGCGGAGCAGAGGGAUUUGCGCCGUUUGCCGCAGCGAAGUCUAUUGCGCGCGAGUUUGGCGAAAAGAACGUGCACGUCGCGCACAUCAUCAUCGACGGCCUCGUUGAAUCCAAGACGGCAUUGCAGUACCUAGGCCUGCCAGCCGACGAGCGGUUUGAGGACGGCGUGCUGGCCAAGACAUGGCUCUUCCUCGCGCAGCAAGACCAGAGCGCAUGGACCUUUGAGCUGGAUAUCCGGCCAGCCAAGGAAAAGUUCUAA